CACCGACGCCAUCGAAAGUAUACCCCCAUCACAGAUUCAACUCUAGGAUUCAGCCAGUCAAGGGAGGCGAAUUCCAAUCCACCUCCGCCACCACUGAAGAUCUAUUUUGGAGCGUCUUCUGAGCCAUACUACGGCUUCUCCAUUGCAUCCCCUUACACAGUCUAUUUUAAUAACCGUCUAUAUUCCACCGCAGAGCACCUGUAUCACGCGUUCAAGUUCAUACCAGCGAAAGUUGGAAGACGGGUUGGAAGUGGGAACGGAUUCAUGGGAGUUGGUAGGAAUGAGGCGUUGAGGAUCGCGGAGGCUGUGAGGAACGCAGGGCCUCGAGGCCUGGAUGCUUGGCUGGCUGCAAAGGCCUAUGAUGCGUGGAUUCGACCUGAUUGGGAAGAUAUCAAGGUUGACAAGAUGGAGGAAGUCCUCUACCUGAAGUUCACACAGCAUAGGGAACUUCGAGAAGAACUCAUUUCUACAUAUCCAGCUCAGCUUAUGUGGGGAACGAAGCGAGACGCCUUUUUCGGUAUCGGACCGGACGGAGAUGGAAGAAAUGAGCUUGGCAAACUUCUCAUGAGCGUCCGGGAGCGAUUAAAGGAUGAGGGAGGGUAUGACAUAUCCGACUCCAGUUAGCCCUGAAAUCCGAUCAUUCCCACUCUGUAUCCUCGCUUCCCCUUGGGCUCCUAGUG